GGCGGAGAAACUGCCGCUGUGCGCUGUUAUUAUUGUAAGAGUAAAUUUCUUUUUUUACGAAAAUGGCGUCUAGUCAGGGAGGUGUGGGAGCUGUCACGGCUCUACAAAGCCAUCACUACGCGAGCGGACCUCACUGGAGCCCGGGCAUCAGCCAGUACCAGCACCAGCAGCAGCACCUGACGGCCCGCAGCCUGGACCGGGCUCUGGAGGAUGCCGUGUGCUCGGGGAUCCUGAACCUGAGCGGGAGGAAGCUGAGGGAGUACCCGGGGAUGAGCUACGAUCUCACCGAUACAACACAAGCAGAUUUGUCCAAGAACCGCCUCACAGAAAUCCCUCCAGAAGUGUGUCUCUUCGCACCCCUCGAGUCUCUCAACCUCUACCACAACUGCAUCAAGUGCAUCCCGGAAGCCAUUAUCAAUCUGCAGAUGCUGACUUAUCUCGACAUAAGCCGGAAUCUGCUGUCAGUUUUGCCAAAAUACUUGUUCAGCCUCCCCCUCAAAGUCCUGCUUGUGAGCAACAACAAGCUCGUGUCAAUCCCUGAGGAGAUCGGCAAGGCCAAGGAGUUGAUGGAACUGGAUGUGAGCUGUAAUGAGAUCCAGGUGCUGCCAACUCAGGUGGGGAGGCUUCAUGCCUUGCGAGAACUCAACAUCAGGAAGAAUUGUCUUCACAUGCUGCCUGAGGAGUUGGCUGACCUGCCUCUCAUCCGACUUGACUUCUCCUGCAAUAAGAUCACAGAGAUUCCUCCAGCUUACAGAAAACUCAGGCAGCUGCAGCACAUCAUCCUAGAUAACAAUCCUAUGCAGUCUCCACCAGCACAGAUUUGCCUCAAGGGCAAGGUGCACAUAUUUAAGUACCUGAACAUCCAGGCGUGCAGGCUGGACAAGAAGCCGGACACUCUGGACCUCCCCUCCCUUGGAAAACGUUGCCUUCCACAGCCGCUGACAGAUAGCAUGGAAGAUUUUUAUCCCAGUAAGAACCACGGGCCUGACUCUGGAAUUGGUAGCGAUAAUGGUGACAAGAGGCUGUCUACAACUGAGCCUUCUGACGAUGAUACCGUCAGCCUCCACUCUCAGGUUUCAGAGACAGCCCGUGCUGAUGCCCUCUCACUCCUCUCCAAAAUGGAUUCUUGCAAAGAUCAGGAUCUCUAUGACUUUAUAGACCCCAACCCGGAUGAGGAUCCUGCUCUGUCAGAGUGUGACGGGCAGCAGAGCAGCCAUGUGUCUUGUAUAAAGGAACUGGAGAAAGUCCUUAACAUGUCUCACCAAAGCAAAGAUAAAGACAGCUGGAAAGAGGAGUCAGGUUCUGAUAAGGAGCAGCUUGUUGAAGAAGAGGAUGAUGAGCUGAAGGAAGUGCUGGAUCUGAGGAAGAUUGCUGUCCAGCUCUUGCAGCAGGAGCAGCAGAAUAGACGUCGGUCCUUAAUUUGCAGGGCAGAGAGUCUUAUUCACAGACGGAGAGUGACUGGCCGGGCACACAGAUUCCUAAGUCACUCUGGAAGCUCCGGCAGCAAACCGAGACCACCGCCUCAGGCCGCUCGCAGUGCUUCUCUGGAUGAAGGAAGCAGUGGAGCAUCAGUGCUGAGUGGACAGCCUUCUUCCUCUUGCUCCUUUGAUGGAAGCCUGAAGACAGAUCAGUCAGAUUCAGAGCCAAAGUGGCCCGAAGUCCCACCAGUCCUUAAUCAGAAUGAAGAUCGCAGGAGGAACAAGUACCUGCGAAAAGAUUACCUGAAGUACAAGUGUCAGAGUGCUCGGAAAAACUCCAGCGGGAAUGACGACUGCGAGGAGGGCUUGCGCAACGCGGAUUUCAGCACCACCCUGACAGUGUUUGGACUAAAGCCAAGAUCAGCCUUCACCAGAGGAAGCCGCCAGGAGUACACCUCCACAGACCCCAGCUUCACCAUGAGGAGGAAGAUGGAGCACUUGAGAGAGGAAAUAGAACAGAUAGGACUCUUACGGCAGAACAUUGAGUCCAGACUGAAGGUGUUGCUCCCAGACGAUGUUGGAGCUGCUCUGAUGGACGGGGUUGUCCUUUGCCAUUUGGCCAAUCACAUCUGUCCUCGGUCUGUCGCCAGCAUCCAUGUGCCGUCUCCUGCAGUGCCAAAGCUUAGCAUGGCUAAAUGUCGUAGGAAUGUGGAGAACUUCUUGGAUGCCUGUAAGAAGCUGGGUGUCACACAGGACAAGCUGUGCCUGCCCCAUCACAUCCUAGAAGAGCGCGGCCUGGUGAAGGUGGGCGUGACCGUCCAGGCUCUGCUGGAUCUGCCGCCAUCGAAGCCCACACAACUGUCCGCUGUUUGACACAAGCCUGAGUGCUGCGUCCAGCCCGCAGUCAUCCAGCCAACCCCUCUCCCCAGCCCCAACCCACACCCCACCGCCGGGGGCCAGAGAACCCCUCGGGGCGAGGACCCAGCGACUCGUGGAUCUUUGGGAGUCUGCUUCUGCCUGACUGAAACGGGAGACAGGAGGACAAAACGCUUCUGUCUCUUUAUAUGAUGUCAGCCGUCACUCCACUUCCAGCCCAUCACAUCUCCACUUAUAUCCUGUUCCUAGUUACUGGGGUCAUCCCGUAUGUGUGCGGAUAAGCAACGUGACUGUGUGUUUCCUGAGGAGAGACGGAAAAGACAGUCGGGUCUAUAGAAAGACCUGCAUGUCCCUCUCAACAUGCUCAGUGAUUAUUGAGCCUGCAAGUGCCAGUACUGACAGCAUUUCCAUGCUGGUGCAGAGGACACAGGCAGUGAGGAGAUGACAGACAUGUGACUCACUCUUUCACUAAACAAAGUGAAGCUCCACAAACAACUGAUGUUGACUUAUGUUGUUCUGUUGAUGUAUUUAAGUGACAACAUCUCCACCUCUGCGGCAUUGUUUGACAUAAUGUGCAAGGUGUGUCUCCUGAAUGCGUGACAUUUAUUGGAUUUUAUAUGUUACGCUCCAGUGCACAUUCUGUCAGUUUUCCGUCAAACUGUAUUGUGUUUGCGGCAUAUUUAAACUACUGUACAAAGGAUUAUUUGUAAACAAAAAACAAAAAAACACAACAACAAUUCUUUCUCAAUGCAAACCUGCAUUGCAUGACAUUUUACCACUGUGAGAGCAUGUGCUAGGCUUCGGCCAAACAGCACGGCGGUCCUGUUUUGUAGCGUUUUUCAUUGCUGUUAUCCUACUUUUCUAAAGCUUUUAUACUUUCUUUCCAGUCAUUGCCAACUAUUCAAUCAUCACUCGCAUAUUUUGUGGUGUUCUGAGCAUAGGAUUGCCAUGUGAGGCAGUUACGAUUUUAUUGGUUUGCAUGACCUCAAAUGAAACAUGUUUUUACCUGUAAGUGUUGUGGGGGACCAUAAUUCCUGCAAACCUUGCAAAUGCUCUGAACUCUCUGCCAGGCCGCCCUAAUGUCUGCGGUUUGUGAUCCAUUUCAUUUUUUCAGGGAAAUUUGAUUAUUUAUGUAUUUAUUAUUGUGUUUUAUAUUUAUGAGUUGCUGCUGUGUGAAUUAUAGACCCUGGCUACCAGUUCAGGUGAGGUGCAGCUGAUCAAAAAGAUGUCUGUUAUCUGGAAGUGAAGCUACCGUUCCUGUGAACUACUUGUAUCAGUGACAGCUCUUACACUUUAACUAUUUAAAUUUGUUUAGCGAGAACAGGAUAGAGCUGACAGCAGUGCUGACAGAAUAAUAGAGGUCUGAUUCUGGCAAACAAUAUGCAAGAUUUACCACGUUCACCAAAACUCAUGACAGGAUUUGUCAUUCCCGUAUUAAGUUGUAUUCUUUAAUCCUUCAAUGUGGAUUAUAGGUUUCGUUUUAAAUAAUUAUUUCUUAAGGGCCAUGUCUGUCUAGAUGACAGGUGAUUGGCAUGUCCAUGCAAAGAAACUAAAAUUAUAGUGGAAAUUUAAGUCGUAAAUCUAUAUAUGGGAAUACCAAAAGUCAGGUUAAACAUUGACUAUGGAUCAGGUUAGACUUUUGAUCAUUCUCUACAUGAAGUGUGUAUUGACAGCUACCAGUGACACUUUGAUAAAAUAUCAAUGAAAUCACCUCUGGGCUUCGCUAAUCCAGUUAUGGCAGCAGACAGCAGAAGAAAGAAAAAGAAAGCAUGGUGGUUUGAGCAGAUGUCUAGUGAUGACAUAGCUAAUCAUAAUGCAAAAACUGCUUUAUUAUUAAGUUUAUUGUUUGUGCAACUAAAACACCUUGGAGGACAACAUAACUUAAAGCCACUUUAACACCUCGAUACAAACAUCAUCAUGUGAACAGAAUUCCAACAUCUAAAAACAUGACGGGUUGUGCCUUAAAGGAGGAGUAUUCUUUGGGUUUUUUUCUGCAGUCUUAUGUAAGAACAAUAUUACAUUUAUGAGAUGCACCGACCAGUCCAUUUCAUUAAUGCAUGCAGUUUAAGGUUGGGAGAUCAUAAUAGACCACGAUUUUGCAACUUUGGCCAAAAAUGGAUGAGUUCUGUAGAAUCUAAAAAUAGUUUUGAAAGAAUUCUCUUUUUCUUUGGAUUUGUAUAAUACUUGGAAACUUGGUAAGAGAAAGUGCCAGCUGAAAUCAUUCUGUGCACCGUUAAAGGAACACUCCACCGUUUUUUCAUAUUAAAACAU